GUUGUUUUGGCGCGGUACCGGAGCGGAUUUGAAAAGCUUCGGACCGUUAGCAGCCGGUGAGCAGAAGAGCGGAGCUACCUACUGAGUACAGAGGCUUAAAUUGUGGCUAGAACAGCUGCAACUAAAGCCGAGCUCGGAUUUUUACGUUAUUUAAACAGGGAUGUCGUGGGACUUUCUGGUGCCCGUGUGCGUGGGCGACCUGGUGAAGACCGGAGGGAUCAACCAGUACGUGGUUCAGGAUGUGGUUUCCCCAAAACAGCUGCCGUCCAGCCUCAGCAGGUUCAGGGCAGCUCUGAGGAGUCAGGGACCUUCAUGUAUCCUGGAACACUUUGACACAGGCUACAGCGUCCUACAGCACUUCAACUCGGUGGAUCUGGCUGUAAAAGAGGACACUUUGGAAUUACUCAUACAAGUGGUCGGUAGUCUGGCUGUUUCCUUGCCGGCGCUCCUCGCCUCCACCUCCCUGUCGGCUGCAGAACGCAAAGAGAAGCUUAAUGCGGUUAAAAUGAGCAUCUUCCUGCUCUGCAAACUCACAGAGAGUCUUGAGAGCGACUCCUAUAGACAGAGUAUCGUCACAGCACCCGGGAAGGGCAGUAAAAAAGGUAAAUCUGGUGGAGAAGGACUGAUGCAGUGGGACUCGGAGAGAGAGAAGGUUCUCCAGGCCCUGAUCCAGCUCCUCCAGCUGGACAUCCGAGCCCUCUGGAACCUCUCUCUGGUGGAGGAAGAGUUCAUCAGCUGUGUGACCUGCUGCUGCUACAAGCUCCUGGAGAACCCGACCAUCAGCCACGUGAAGAGUAAACCCACCAGAGACUGCGUCAUCCACCUGCUGGGGCUGCUCAUCAAGAAGUACAGCCACCUCCUGGGAGCCAGUGUGAAGGUGAUCCAGCUGCUGCAGCACUUCGAGCAGCUGUCGUCGGUUUUCGCUCAGGCUGUGUUCGUGUGGAGCACCGAGUACGAAGUCAGAGCCGUCAUAGGGGAGGUCAUCAGGGAGAUCGGUCAGAAGUCCAGCGAGGAGCUUGCCAGAGAAGGUUCAGGGGUCAAGGCCUUCGCUUCCUUCCUGUCUGAACUCAGCGCUCUGGUUCCUGAACUGAUGAUCCCCAAUAUCAGCGUGCUGAUCACUCACCUGGAGGGAGAGAGCCACACCAUGCGUGUUGCCGUAUGCGAGGUUCUGGGAGAGAUCCUCGUUCGGGUUCUGUGUGGCGACGGCCUUGAUGAGUCCGGUAAAGCCGAUCGGGACCGAUUCUUCGACACGCUGCAGGAACAUCUGCACGACACGCACUCCCACGUCAGAGCGCGAGUGCUGCAGGUCUUCACUCGCAUCGUCAACAGCAAAGCUCUGCCGCUGUGCAGGUACAGUGAGGUGAUGGAGCUCGCUGUGGGGCGACUGAUGGACAAAUCUAUCAAUGCGGUGAAGAGCGCCAUCCAGCUGUUGGCAGCCUUCAUCGCGCACAAUCCCUACAGCUGCAAGUUGAGCAGCGCAGAUCUGAAGAAACCUCUGGCAAAAGAAACAGCAAAACUCAGAGAGAUGAAGGAGAAAUUAGAAGGGAAAGCACCAGUGGCAGUGAUUAAAGCUUCCGAGCUGUGGGCCGCGAUGGAGCCCGAGCUGCUCGUCACUGUCAGAACCGAGCUGGAGCCCAGGAGCGACGCCGAGAAGGAGCAGCAGGAGGAAGAGGAGGAGGCUGAAGAGGACGACAGAGCGACGGCGGUGAAGAUCGCUCAGUACCUCCGAGUCAACAAAUACAGAAACGCUGCUCAGCUCUGCAUCAGAGCCCACAGCUGCUUCCCACAGUCUGAGAUGUUUGCCGCUCUGUCCACGCUCACCACACAGACUCUAAUGGACACUCUGGCACUGAUAUUUAAAGGCUCUGAUGAAGACGCCCCAGAGCUCAGCCAGAACUUACCUCCGAUCUCGCAGAAAGACGGAGACAAGGAAGGAGAGGAUGGAGAGCUGAAGAAGCAGGAGAUGCUGGUCCAGUACCUGAGAGACACAGAAACCUUCGCCUUGCAGGUGGAGAGAGCAAUCUCCGUCAUCAACACCAUGCUGUACUGGAAAACCACGUCAGUGGUCCAGGAGGCGGUUCAGUUCUGCGUGACCGUGUGCGAGUUCAGCGUCGCCAACUCGGUCAGUGGGGUGAGGAAGAUGCUGCCGCUGGUCUGGUCCACCGACGCCGCCAUUAAAGACGCCGUGGUUCAGGCCUACAGACGGCUUUAUCUGAACCCUCAGGGCGACACCGUCAGGAUGAAAGCCCAGACUCUGGUGGACAGUCUGUCUGAGCUGAUGGUUGAUGCUUCUCUGGGAACCAUCCAGUGUCUGGAGGAAAUUGUUCAGGAGUUCUUCGGCAGCGACAGCAACCUUCAGUCCACCGUGGUUCAGGUUCUGUGGGAGAGAUUUACCGGGAAAAGAGAAACGUCGGCUCUACACAAGAGAGCUGCAGUGUUACUGCUGGGCAUGGCUGCACGGGCAGAGAGGGAGGUGGUGCUCAGCAACCUGGACACACUCUGCUCGGUGGCUCUGGGCGAGAAGGUGACCGAAGACUUCCUGCUGGCCAGAGACACGGUUAUCACCAUCUGCAGCAUCACCGACCACGUCAGGCAGUCCAAAGCUGCUCCGUUCAGACUUCCUCAGGAGCAUCAGCUGUUCACCUGCCUCACUCAGGCCGUCGCUGAAGGUGUGGUGAUGGAGGACCCGUACUGGCAGAGCUUCAUGGAGCAGGCCGUCCGCCUCCUCUACUUCCUGGCCGAGUCUCCUGACCAGCUGUGCUCUCGGCUGCUGCAGCGAAGCGCUCGCCUCGUGCUCGAUCAGAUCGCAGAAGGCGGCGAAAUCAACAACAAGGACGUCAGCCAGAUGCAGGACGGAUCCCAGGGGUCCGGUGAUCAGGGUGAACAAGUGAACUGUGUGAGUCUGGCCCAGCUGCUGGCUCUGUGUGGCGCCGUGGCGUUCUGGCAGGUGUCUCACCUGGAACGGAGCGUGAGCGCCGAGCUGAGGAGGAGGAGGGGGGAGACGGAGGAGAGGGAGGAGAAGGAGAAAGGUCCGUCCAGCAAGGCCAAGCAAACGGCCAAUGAGAGCACCAUGGAGGAGGAGCUGGGGCUGAUCGGUGCCUCGGCUGAUGAUACGGAGGCCGAGCUCAUCAGGAAGAUCUGUGAGACCGAACUACUGGCUGAGGAGAACCUGCUGAGCGCGUUCCUUCCUCUGCUGGUGAGAGUCUGCAGCUCCCCAGGACGUUAUUCCCACCCUCAGCUCACCACAGCUGCCUGUCUGGCUCUGUCUCAGUACAUGAUGAUCAGCCCGUCGGUGUGUGAAGAGAACAUCCGCCUCAUGUUCACGGUUCUGGAGCGUUCUGCUCUGCCGGUGGUCCGGGCCAACGCCAUCAUCGCCCUGGGAGACCUCACGGUCCGCUUCCCAAACAUUCUGGAGCCGUGGACCCAGAACCUCUACGCCAGGCUGAGCGACGAGGUUCCCUCCGUGAGGCAGACGGCUGUGACAGUUCUUACUCAGCUGGUGCUCAAAGACGUGCUGAAGGUGAAAGGCCAAGUCAGCGAGGUGGCGGUGCUGCUAAUUGACCCCGAGCCUCACAUCACCAGCCUGGCCCUGAACUUCUUCAACGAGCUGGCCACCAAGGACAACGCCAUCUACAACCUGCUGCCAGACAUCAUCAGCCGCCUGUCCGACCCGGAGAGAGCCAUGAGCUCAGAGGACUUCAACACCAUCAUGAAACAGCUGUUCUCCUACAUCACUAAAGAACGACAGACCGAGUCUCUGGUGGAGAAACUCUGUCAGCGCUUCAGGACGGCAAAGACGGAGCGGCAGUGGUGCGACCUGGCCGUCAGUCUGUCCCUGCUGUCCAUGUGCGAGCGUGGCUUCAAGAGGCUGCAGGAGUGCUGGGAGUGUUACAGCGACAAGCUGACCGAACCGGGGGUCUACCAGCCGCUGCUCUCCAUCACCGCCAAGCUGAGGAGGGGCGCCAAAGUCCAGUUCAAGGCUCAGGUGGAAGAGUUCGAGAAACGUCUUACCGCGGUUCACACUCGAGGGCUUGAGAACGUAGAGAGUCCAGAGAUGGACGAGGAGAACCAGAAAGAGGGAGGUUCUUGUGAGAGGACGGUUCUCCAGACCAACCGACCCAGCAGGAGCCGAGCGAAGUCGAAGAGAGGCCAAGCGAAGCCGUCGGUCUCCAGUCAAGGUGAUGACACUUUUGUGACGCCUCGGAAAACUCGCAAAUCCAAGAAACCAGUGAUCACCUUCAGCAGCGAUGAGGAAGAGGAAGACGAAGAGGACGCCGUCAUGGCCGAGAGCGAAACCCCCAAAGUGACGACGCCGAUCGCAAGAACAUCCCGAAGAGCUCGACUCAGGAACUGACCCCUCCUAUUAUUUCUGUUUUAUCCUUUUACGCUCUAAACAUUUUUAUCUUUUUGUAUAUUUUUUAACUCCCGUUUCUUACAGUAGAGUCUGAUGACGUCUUUUAAUAAACCCGCUCCUGGUUUUCCAACAGAA